UUGUGUGCAACCAGGCGGAGCGCAGGUCUUCCAUUUUACAUUCAGGCAUUGGUGACCACAGAGCCAGCUUCAACUGGACGUCAAAGUUUGAAGAUGAUGAUGUCACAAUUGCUGGCCCUGGCUCAAGAAGACGAGAAUGUAUCCAUUUCAUCUGAACCAAAGACAUCUUCGGGUUUUUGCUCGGUGGUAGGUUGUAUAAAGCUGGUUCGGGUUUCCCUGCAUGAGUCACAACAUAUUGAAGCAUCUUCUGCCAUCUUCGGUUCUAACGUUGAUUAUGGUGCCAUCUUUCUGAAUAAAUUUUUCAGUAAUUUUCCAACUCAAAUCUAGUACCUGAGUUUAGACGGCAUAUGUCAGCAUAUAUCAAAAAGACAAUUGCAAAACACAAAUGGAUACAGAUAAAAUACAAAAAGCCAAAAAAUUUAAUAUUAAAGAUAUGGUCAGAGUUCUAAGAUGAAUAAGGAAAUAUGAAAAAACAAGAAUGAAUGUUAUUUAGAUAUCAGAAUGAGGUUAAACUAUAGAAGAAAAACAGCAACAAAAACAAACAUCGAUAAAAACAAAGGGGAAGGGUAGUGUUACCGGUAAAAAAAGCUACUACAAAUAAAUUUCAAGCUGGUAAAACAGAUUUUUCAAAAAUAUUAGUCAAUAGUACAUAGAAUACUAGUGGAUGGAUUUUCUUUAUUUCACACGUUGUAGGUAGAAUGAUUAAUAUUGGUGACUAACUGUAUG